AUGGAAAUAUCGAACCUAACAAGUAUCCACCCAGACUACUUCCUCCUGAUGGGAAUCCCUGGCCUGGAGGAAUCUCCUCUCCUGCUCUCCAUCCCAUUUUUUGUCAUGUAUGUCAUGUCUCUUCUUGCAAACUCCAUCUUGAUCUUGGUCAUUGGAUUAAACAAGACCCUCCAGCAGCCCAUGUACCUGUUCAUGAUGAUGCUGGCCAUCUGUGACAUCCUCCUGGGCUCCACCACCGUACCCAAGACUCUUAGCAUCUUCUGGUUUAAUUGUCAGAAAAUUUCCUUUACUGGUUGUCUUGUCCAAACAUUCUUCAUUCAUUUCAGCUUUGGCACAGAAUCCGCCAUCUUGUUGAGCAUGGCCUAUGACCGAUUCUGUGCCAUUUGCCGCCCAUUAACUUACUCAUCAAAUCUUACAAGCUUAUUAAUAAUGAAGCUGUUGGUCUUCACCCUCUCCCGCAGUGUUUUUAUGGUCACUCCUUUUGUCUUCCUCCUUGACAGGCUUCCAUACCAAAACAGCAUUGUAAUAGAGCACACGUACUGUGAGCACAUGUCUAUGGCCAGGUUGGCUACUGCCGAUAUACUGGUUAAUGUGGUGUAUGGACUCAUCAUAGCAGCAUGUGCAACCGGUGUAGACAUGAUUCUUAUUGUCUUGUCUUACAUUGUGAUUAUCAGGGCAGUUCUAAGACUGCGAUCCUCAGAAGCUCGUCACAAAGCCUUCAACACAUGUGUGUCUCAUGUCUGUGUCAUCAUCCUCUUCUACACUCCAGCCUUCUUUUCAUUCAUUGCCCAUAGAGUUGGCCAUAAAUAUGUUACUCUUCAGGUUCACAUCCUGGUGGCAAAUCUCUAUGUCCUUGUCCCACCCAUGAUGAACCCAAUCAUCUAUGGGGUCAGGACAAGGGAAAUCAGACAGUGUGUCUUUGCUAUGUUUUGUAGCAUGAAAGCUAGAGACCUCCACAGAUUUUGGGGAAAAUAG